AUGAGUAAAAGUCCACUUCUAGAAUAAACUUUAAAUGAUGAGCAGCAAUCAUCAAGAAUGAAAACUUAUCUUAAUGAGCUUAAACAGAAUAGUCUUGACAGAAUGAGACCCUUAGAUCCGCAUGCAUUUUGCAAAGACAUUCAGCAAUACUUUGACGAUGUGUCAUACAGAAUAGACUUAUAAAAGUUAUAUAAUCCUAUCUCUACUUGCUACUACAGCACCUAAAUGCGAUACUUACCGGCUCUGUUUCACGUAAGUAAAGGAAAAGACCGAAACUAAACGGAAUAAUACACUUACCAGUUGCAAUUUUGGGAUACUUAGACCUAUGAGAUGAUUUUUGUGAAAGAGAUAGAUUUCAUGCCAACGAAAUGUGCGAUAAGUUUCAAUUACUUCUUUUAUGUCAUUGAUCAGGAGGAAGAUAACUCAAUCAACCUGAUCUAUAUCACUGACAAUGUUGAAAUUAAAGAGCUAAAGAUCAUUAGUAAUAUACUUAACUUUAAAACCAAGUCUCUGAGAUAUAUUGAACUUAAAGAUGACAAUACUUACAAACACGACUAAAAGAUUGAUAUUCAAAGUAUUAUUACAAUCACCAAGAAAGAAAGCUUAUAUAAUCAAUAAACUAAAAAUAAAACACUAAUUGAUUUCAUAAUAGUAAUAAGAUAGUCAAACAAUUCUCUAGACUUCAAUUCACUCAAACUUAAUCAAAAUCCAAUUGAAAUGAAAGGUGUUAUAGAAAAUUUUCUUCAGCUCUCUGAUCAUUCUCCUGAACUUGAGUAAAGCUGCUUAUAUAGAUCAAAAUCAUACAAUUUGAAGGUCACUGUUGUGAAUGACAUAGUUUAUGCUAUUGCUCUUAGCGAGUAUUCAUUAGAUUUAUAUUCAGACAUGGUACUAAGGGAGAGAAUGGAUGCGAAGGAUAAAAAUUUUAAGGAAAUAGGAAUGAGCCUCAAAGCUUUUUAUAUAAGAUGCUAAACUAAAGAAGGAGAGAAUUCAUACUAUGAGUUAAAACAUCAAGCUCAAGUGAACAUCUCCUUUUUAUCUCAAAAAUUAAUAGAUGAUAGAAGUUUUAGGAUGUCUAAUAUUUAUGGUAAAAUAUUGCAUGAUUAUGUUUCUAUCUAUAAAGGCUUUUAUCUUGUUGAUUAUGAUGAAAAUCCAUUGUGCCUUGUUGCACACUUUGAUACGAUUUCUGCUUUUGAUAUAAUGAGAGGAGAGUUUACUUAACGCAUUAAAUUUGAGGAUGAAAUAUUGGCUAUUUUUGAACAAGAAUAUUCUAAUAAUUAAAAACAAAAUCAAAGCAAGAUGAUAUGUUUAAUUCUCAAAAACUUAGAUGUUCACAUUGAUAUAAUGAGCUAUAUUGGAUCGUAAAGAGAUAAUAUAAUUCAAGAGAAACCUUCAUUCAGCUUGAGUUAACAUUUUGGAAUUGAUUCUUAAAAGUUCGAAUUCCUUGAUAUCGGCUCUGAGAAAGGAUAAGGUACCUAUUUCUUCAUAUACUCUUCCAAUAAGAUUGUCUGUAUAAAUGAAGGGCUUUUGUUUGACGACAUAGACACAGGAGAAAAGUGUAUACUUAAGAUGAAUUACAUAAAUCAAUUGGUUGAUUAAUCCGACAAAAUCAAGCUCUUAAUUACCAAUGAGUAGAAGAUUGUACUCUACGAAAUUAAAGAACUUGCACCAUCUUUUGGUUAUUAAAAUGAUCAGGAAAAAGUUCGAAGAAAAAUAAAAUUGGAAAAAUAAAAAGACCUUUAUGACACCUUAGAAGGGCAGUUAUUAUUUCAUUCUGCCUUAACGUUAGACCUAAAUCAUCACAUUAUCCUUGUGAGUAAGUAAUUUGUGGUUCUCUUGGAUAAUCAAGGCAAUAUACUGAAGGCAACAUCUAGACAAAUAGUUAAUGGAGAUUUUAUUGGAAAGGACUUCAGCUACCUAUUGAGAUAAGAGAGCUAAGAUUCUACAGAGCAUGGACUAUUUAUGUUUAAUGUUCCAUUUAUAGUAGAUAGAAGAGAUGUCUAAUUUUUACUGCUUAAAUAGAUUGAUGUAGGACAUAACCCACAUCUCAAGCUCUUUAAAAAUGUCGAAAGAAUAGGAUUCAUGCAGUCAAUAAGUUGUUACGUGGUGCACCCUUACCUUCAUUUAAAUAAUAUAAAGUUGAUGGGAGUUGAAAGCUAUGGUAAAAGUUUACUUUCAAAAUAAAUUGGCUAGUUGUAUAUGAGACUUACUGAGAGAAAUUUGCUUAUUGUAUGGAACGUAAUGACUGGAAAAAUUGUCGACAAGAUUAUAGUGGAGAAAGAUGUAUUUAAUAGAAACGAGGAGCUGGUAUUUGAGAAGAAUCAUUCGGAAUUUCUAUUAUUGGUCAGUAGAAAUUAAACUAUAACAUCAGAAAAAAGUUAUGAUGCUAAUUAUGUUCCAAAAUAAAAAACUUGGCUAAAGGAUUAGAUUACCAUAUCUAAGUAACUAUAACCCUAAAAAAGAAAAUGGAAAAUUGUUGAGGUAAAAAAAGUGGAAGAUUCAAUAGAUAUUUCAACAAAAUAAUUCGACUUUCCUUAUUCUGAAAAUUAAGUAAUGCUUAUUAAUUCAGAUAUUACACUGAUGAUAGUUAUUACCGAUUGGAUUAGGGUAUCUCUUUAUGCCAAAGUGCAAGAAUAAAAUGGCUUUAUUAAAUGGUAGCACAAGUUUAAUGUUUCUGAUUUUCCAUUUUAUUUUGAAAAGCAAGCUGCUUAAUUAGUUUCGGAAUAGCCACAUUUUAACUAUUUAAGCCCUGAUUUUAAAUAUUACCUUAUCUAUAAUACUUCUGGAUUAUAUUAAAUUAAAACUAUGGUCUCAUAAGAAUUAGUCGGUUCACUUGGAAAGGGAGCAGUUUCUAUGAGGCCAAAAUAAACUUUGAGAUAAGCAGUUAAUAGAUUUCAUUGGAUAGAUUCAACGAGGUUUUUAGUGGUCAGUGACGAUGGGAUAUAAAAGACUUAUAAGUUAGGGGAAAACAAUCAAAUACUUGAAGAAGGCUAUAAUGUCAUUCCAAUUAAAGAGGUUACCUAGAUGAGUAAAUAUCUUAUUGAUGCUGAAAUACCUUUCAAGUCAUUAAAAUAUGGAGUAGAUGGAGAUAUCCUUACUAAACUUCGAGAAUGCUACUAACUCUACAAAUAGAAUUACUAUCUGAAUGCUUUUCCAGAAAAAAAAGAUAAAUUCAACCUCCUAUUCAGAAUUCAUUCGACUGAAUUUAGUGCUCAAACUAUACAGUCCUUUUCGUUUUUACACUGGACGCUCACUGAUAGACUCGUUAAAGGAAUUUACCCUGUAAAAAACAUCCCUAUUCUUGUCUUUGAGAUCGUUCUAUUUAGUAUGCUCCCAGAGGGCAAUAUUUUGCAUGCCUUAAAGAAUCAGACUGAGAAAUUGCUAGACGCUUUUGAUAGAUGCCACAAUGAUAAUGGAAUACUUUAUCAUGUCCCUUUCCUGCCAAAUAUUGAUGGAGAAGAUCCGUUCACUAGAGUUUUACAAAAUAACCUGCCAAAAGAUGUUGAUUAAAAGCAGCUAUUCUCAGUGCUAAAAUAUUUGAAAUUUUAUGAGAUCGACCAUCAUUCAAGAUGUAUCAAGCAUCUUUACCCUAAGAUUAUUUCAACAGGAACAUAAAUAGCCUUAGACUACUUUGAAUCAAGAUUUAAAUCGACUCUGCAAUUAGAAGCCAUUAAAACAGGGGUAAUGAAUAGUGAUAAUAUAGUCUCAUCACCACAACUAAACAACUAAGUUAUUGAGGAAAUAUAAGGAACAAAUAACGAAGAUGAGAAAAAAGUAUCGAUUAAAUUAGAGCUAUUGGAUAUGCCAGGAAUUUAUCAUUUUAGAGAUAAGCACUUCUCUGAGUUCUUCAGAAGCCUUUAAGAUGUUGAGGGAUAUGGAUUUUUCACUAACAGAGCUAUAAUGCAGAUUGUCGAUUUCAAUUUCCCAUAUGUUAAACACGCUCUUAUGACACAUUCUGUGAUUCCCUUUGCAGUUUAUCAUCUUUUGUCCGUAAUUUAUAUGAAUGCUAUUUAUGAAACGAGAAAUGAAAGUGAAGGUUACUAAAUAGCAAAUAUAACCUUUGGAAUAAUUUUAAUCGGCUUUUCAUUCUAUUUCCUUUGCAGUGAAAUAAGAUAGUGCAUCAACAUUGGGAUGGUAAGGUAUUUUGAUACAUUUUGGAACUACGUAGAUAUACUUGCUCCUAUAAGCGUCUUAAUAGUCUAAGGUUUUUCGAUAGUUGAUAAAGAAGAUAUGCACAUAUCAAACGCCGCUAACAGAUAUCUAUUAGCUAUAUCUACCUUGUUAAUGUGGAUCAAAUUUAUUUCUAAUUUGAGGAUCUUCGAAAAGACAAAUUACCUCAUUAGGAUGGUAUAUGAGGUUAUAACAGAUAUGGGAAUUUUCUUGUUUGUCUACGCAGUAACUGUAGCUGCUUUUGGUGAUGCCUUUUUGAGGAUCUCUUCUGGAAAUGAGAAGGAUGACUAGUUCAUCUCAUCUUUUGCUCAUGCAUUUCUCUAUGCUUAUUCGAUGACUCUUGGUGGCUUUGAGACAGACAAAUUUGGCACCAUCGCAGUUGAACUGGUUUGGCUUUUAUGGGUAAUGUGCACAAUAAUCGGGAUGAUUGUAAUGCUAAAUUUGUUGAUUGCUAUCAUAUCAGGCUCCCAUGAAAAAGUAAUUUAAAACUAGCUAGGAGCCUAGUAUAAAGAAAUGGCAGAGCUUAUCCUUGAGAAUAGUUACUUAGUACCUAUGGAACUAAGGGAAAGUUAUGUAGACAUGAAUAAGUUAAUGAUUAAGGUUACUCUAAAUGAAAAUCAUGAUGAAGCUAUUAAUACUAUUGAGUAGCAGCUUGAUUCGAUGAAAAACUAACUAGUAACAACAAAGGAUAUAAUGGAGAAGAAUAUCUCAGGAGCUGUUUCAGAGUUGCAAGCUCGAUAAAAAGUAUAGGAUACAACCCUCAAUAAUAUUCUUAAGAAUGUUGGAGAGCUAAGAUAUCAAUUCAUUAAGACUUAAUAUAAAGAGCAAACUAUACAAGUUAAAAUUUAUCCAUAACCUCUAACAUUAGUGAUGCUGAGGGAGGUUUAAGAGUGGAAUUAAUUCUAAAUGUACGAAAGCUGGUUCUGUAGAGCUAAAAAGUUUACUGGCUGCAAAAGUGGAUAAACAAGAGCAGCUAAACUCAGAAUAGAGAUGGAUGAGAAUUUGUACCAUUGCAAUAUUUGUAACUUUGACUUCUGUGAGAAGUGCUUUAGUUUCUACAAAAACUCUCACAAGCAUGAAAUGGUGAAGACAUCCUAUGGAGAUAUUCAUGAAAAAUAUCAAGGAGGAUGGGAAUGCAAAGCUAGGUAUUUCAGAUCUUGCCAAACAGAUAGUACUCUUGAUUUAAAGGAUCCCUAUAUGACAUUUUAUCACAGAAAAUCCUUGUCAAGGUUUGAUGAGUAAUUUGAUUUGUGCGUGGAUUGCGCUCAGUAUUAUGCUGAUCAAACCAACUGA